AUGGACCAACCUCCUAAAGCAGCUCUCAAGGUUAAGAAGGAAGAGCCUGCGGAAGAAGAGCCCACAUCUAGCAAGAAGAGCAACAAUCCUACAUCCCUAUCCUGGGGCUUCAAGACCAGAGAGGUCCGGGUCACCAAGAUCCCGAACCAUUUCCAGGUGAAGAAGACAGAGAAUAUCCUGAUCCUGGUGGCCUUCUCCAUCGGGCUGGGCAGCAUGUGGCGCUUCCCCUACCUGUGUCACAAGAAUGGAGGAGGCAGCUUUUUGCUGAUGUACCUCAUCCUGCUGCUGCUUCUGGGAAUCCCUCUUUUGUACAUGGAGAUGAUCAUAGGACAGUGGCUGCGCAUGGACAGCAUCCGGGCCUGGAAGCAGCUGGUCCCCUGGCUAAGCGGUUUGGGCUACUCCAGCAUACUGGCUUGUGUCUUGGUGAGCUUGUACAACAGCGCCCUGAUCUCCUGGAGCCUCUUCUACCUGGGUCAGUCCUUUGAUUACCCUCCGCCCUGGGAGCACUGCCCCAUGUUGGAAAACAUCAGUGUGACAGAGGCCCCCUGCCUAAGGACGGUGCCUCACCAGUAUUUCUGGUAUCACAACACCCUGCGAGCCUCCAAGCAAAUAGAGGAGGGGAUUGAAGUGCUGGUCGUGAACGCCGCCCUGUGCCUCUUUGCCACCUGGGUCAUCCUCUACAUCAUCAUGACCAUCAGGAUAAAGAUUUCCGUGCUAAUGCUGAUUUUCUCCAUAUUCUUCCCCUGCAUCCUCCUCCUCUGCUUCUUCAUCCGCUGUCUCUUCCUGCAAGGUGCUAUGGCUAGCCUCAGGCGCCUGGUGACCACAGAUCUCUCCUUCCUGUCAUCACUGGAAACGUGGCGUCAGGCCGGAGGCCAUGUUCUCUACUCCCUUGGCCUUGGCAUGGGCACCAUCAUCACGUUCUCUUCCUACCAGACUAGAGGCGACAACUACAUCAAGUUGGCAUCCUUCAUGGCCAUGGUCAACCUGAUGACUUCACUAUUGAGCACGGCCAUCAUCUUCCUGGUGCUGGGGUUCUGGACAACAACCAGCGGGUCCAGCUGUGUUGAGAAGACUGUCUCCAAUCUGGUCAAGCUGAUAACCAAAGGUGUGCUGCCGCAGGCUGUAUGGCCUCCCCAAGACAUCAUCCACAAACAUCCAAUGGAGUACCUGCACUGGGUCAGCCAGCUCCCCAGGAACCUCCAGGAGGAGGUGGUCCAUUUCUCCUUGCCCUGCAGCAUCCUGGUGCAGAAGGAAAAGUUCAUGGAGGGCCCUGGCCUGGCAUAUGUGGCCUUCUCUCAAGCCGUCUCAUUGUUUCCUGGUUCCUCUUUCUGGGCCAUCAUCUUUUUCACGGCUCUGGUCGUCACGGGUCUGGGCACCAUGAUAACGCUCCUGGAGGGCAUCGUGCUUCCGCUGCAGAGCAGUGUCCCUACCUCCACCAAGCAUCCAAAGCUGAUACCAGUGAUCGUCUGCUUGGGAGGACUUCUGGGCAGCCUCGUCUUCACCAGCCGCUCUGGCAGCUAUGUGGUGUUCCUGUUUGAUGACCACCUGGUCCCUAUGGUCCUCGUCAUCAUCGUGGUGUUCCAGAACCUUUCUCUGGCUUGGGUCUAUGGAGUCAAGAGGUUCAGGGCCGAGAUGUUCGGCCAGCUGGGCCGCCUAGUGUGGGCCCCCUUCACCUUCCUGUGGAGCUACGUGACACUGCCCACGCUGCUGGCUCUGCUCACCAUCUACUUCCUGAAUCUCUACCACAGGGAGUCCCUCUACUAUAUCUCCUGGAAUGGCAGUAUGAGCCAGGAAGUGAAGCAGCCGUACCAGAAGAUCGUGCUGGGCUGGGUGACCUUCCUCAGUGCCCUGGCGCUGCUCCCCAUGCUCGUGUACCCGCUACAGCACUGGUGGCAGCUCGACAACCAAAUCAUCUGUGAGAUCGUGGAGAAGUCUUCAUCCUCCAAAAAGGCAGAAACGAGACCCAACAAGGGCAACCAGUGGCCUGCACACCCCCUGAGAAGGUUCACCCUCAGGGUCCAGGACAAAGGCCAGGCUCUGCUCCCAGGCAAGGGCCCCACAGAGGGCUACUUCCUUCAUCCCCAGACCACGCUGGCGAACAAGGACAGUGAAAACUACACCAACUUCUCCCUUCAGGGUGGUUCCCUCACGUAUCCCUGA